AUGACAACCAAAGAGCAGGACAAGUAUCUUCCCCCGCUCGCACCGGGGCCCCACGGUCCCAUUUCGCAGGGAUCUGCCGCCAUAUCGAAACCAAGGAAAAAUUCCACGGCUUGCCUGCCAUGCAAGCAGGCAAAACGAAAGUGCAGUGGACGCCCCGUCCCCUGCAAAGCUUGCCGAAACACGGACGCUGAAUGCGUUUUCGAUGAGACCCUCGACCUCAGACGUAAGGUGGCCGCCCGAAGAACUCUUGGGGAGUUGGGAUACUAUCGAGGUCUGCUACAUUCACUUCUGGAAAUGUUGCGGUCGUCAGACAACGAUAAAAUGCAUCGUGUACUGGAUAUCAUACGCCAGAGCGCUACGUUAAACACUAUUGCCAGCGCUGUUGACGCGCCUGCCAUCGACAUUGGUGAUGCUGGUCCUGAUAAUCCAGGAAGUGGCGGCACGUUGAACAUGGACGAUGCCAUAGCUCAACACGAACGUCUCUGUGCUGACUCGCACUCGCGAAUCACGGUGGAGAAACUCUGUGAUAUGCCCCUCCUCCAGGUCCUCGCUCGGCCUUGGACCACAGUCACAGAUGACGACCAUUUGAUUUCACAUUUGAUUUCUCUGUACUUCACAUGGGAUCAUCCAGUGUCGCAGAUUAUGGACCAGGGCAUAUUUUUGAAUCAUAUGGCAUCAGGUGAUAUUCAAUCAGAAUGUUGUAACCCCCUCCUUGUAAAUAGCAUCUUAGCACUGGCAUGUGCAUAUUCCGAUUUCCCGGAGGUGUUCGCCAUCCCUGGCGAAAUGACCUCAUGGGGCCAACAUUUUUUCACAGAAGCAGAAAGAUUAUGGAGUGCUGAGGAAGGACAAAAUUCACUGGCGAACAUCCAGGCAUUGGCAGUGAUGAGUUUUUUUUUGAAAUUGCAGGGUAAAGACAAUUUGUGCUGGCUCACGUUUCGACAAGCUGUGCAGUUAGCACGAGAUCGCGGUUUGUUUCAUGGUCCCGGAUCAAGACAUAGAAAUUGGCGGCAAAUGUCAAACGAUGCCCUGCAAGCUAGCACAGCUACUACCUGGGGACUCUUUGCGAUAAACACCCAGCUGUCCAUGGAAUCAAGCAACGUCGCCGAUCUUCCUUUACCCAGGGUUCGACUCUACCCAACUAGCCAUCCCGACGAGAACAUUCUAUGGACACCGUAUCCUCGCUCGAACCAUAUGGAUUACGAACGAAAGCCUUCUUUGCUGCAUUACACCAUGAUUGGCAUGGCUGAUUUGUCUGAAAUCAAUGUGCAGAUUCAAGACUUGUUAUUUGAAAAAGCAUAUGACUUGAGUGUUGAAGAGUUGUGGGGAGCGGCAGAAGCGCUUUAUACCCGUCUUGGAAUGUGGACCAGGGGCCUGCCUUCCGUCCUGAGCCCCGACGAACCGCAAAUUCCACAGGUUUCGUUUCUGCAUAUUAGGUGUCGCCACAUGACGAUAUUGCUGUUCGAUUUUAUGUCGAAUGAGAUGACCUUGAGGCGAGAAUCGCAUCAUCCUCAGUUCGAACGAGCCCAGUCGCUUCAAUUCCAAGCUGCAAGGGAAAUUGCUAAUUUUCUCCGCAUCCACCGCGAAUCUUACAGCUUGAGGCAGAUACCGAGGCAGUUUCUCGACCCAACGAACAGCAGUGCCAUCAGCCUUCUGACGGAUUUAGAUGUAGACAAAUCCAAGGAAGCUUUCGUCGAGCUGUGUCGGUUUCUGGUGGCAUUCAGCAAAAGGUAUCUGCCAGCCAAAGCGAUGCUCAAAAACAUCGAAGCCAUUGCCCAGCGCAAGAUUGUCUCGUUUCCAUCCGACGCUCUUGCGGUGAUGGAUCACCGAGAGCUGGAAUCCUCCCAAUGGCUGUGAAUGGCAGCCAGUGCCCCCCGUGCGUCUCACUCUUGGCCAUUUCUUGGGCCUUCGGGUUUUAUCAAAUCGCGACGAUCGGAAAGUAGCCCUCGACAAUACAGCACUCCUUAUCUCUUAUUGAACAGUCGGAAUUUCGGAGGAGGGGUGGAUGAGAGGUGCAGGGUCGAUUGAGAAAUGUCGCAGGCAUAGAUUCUAGGAUCAGCAUUAUCCACAGAAUAUAUCUAACAUCCAGAAGCGAGUAACCACUGUGUGAGGACAGCCUCAGGGGCUUUCACAAGUGGCAGGCAACCGGGAUGCUCGGGGUACCUGGAGCGCUGGGCAAGUGAGGGAUUCUCCGUGGUUGCAGGCAUCAUGGUCCUUAGAAAUAUAAGACGGAGGUCCUUGCUAUAGAAAAGAAAGAAAUGAAUUUUCCAGAAUGGGGGGCAAGGAGACGACCGAGAAACCGCGUAUGAUUUGCCCGCAAAAUAUGACAGAGUAACGGGGUUGUCCCAAGGAAUCAUUCAUCAUAGACUUGCUUAGAGAAUGUAAAUACCUAACAGACUAACAUUGGUAGUUGAAAUCGGAGCGACUUUGCUACUAUUACCUAGG